AUGUCAAGUUAUUAUGAUGAAUAUAAUGAGGAGAAUAACUACGAUGACUUCAUGAUGUCUGAUGAGGAGGAUUACGAGAUGGAGGCUAUUGAAAUGGAGGACGAAACUGAUCAAGACUCAGUUAUAUCCCAAUUAAAAGGAAAUGAUGACUAUUCAAGUUUAACGCCUUUACAAGAACUAGAAAAUGUAUUCAAUAAUGCCACUUCCCUUAAACACGAUAAUUGUUUUAAUGAUGCUAUUGAAAGGUUAUUAGAAUUGGAAAAGAUUCUAAAUAAUGCCAAUAACCUAAGUGAAGAUAUUUUUGAAUGGAAAUACAAAGUGCGGAGUGAAUUAAUAGAAUGCUCAUUUUCAAAUCUAAUUGAAAAUGGUUAUGAUUUAAAGGAUACCAAUGAUGUUAAACAAUACUGGAUAUCCUUAAUUUGUUUCAUUAAAGAUAAUAUUACUCAAUUCAAGGUAACAAAUAAAAAUGACUUUCUUUGUGAUCUAUUAAUAUUAAUAACUCCUAAAAUUGCAAGAAGUUUUUUAUUUGAAUCAACCGACCACGAUUUCAAAUUAUCAUUUGCAAGGGCUGAGCUCAAUAAUUCAAUUUUAUCAAUUCUUCAAUAUGAAAUAGAAUCCAAUUCAAAUAUGUGGUCUAAAACUAUACAACACCUUGUCAAGAUAAGAACCUUUUCUUGCAAAAUUUGGUUGGAAAAGAUAAAAACAGGGCACAUAUUAUCAUAUAAUAUACCAGACCCAGAUUGGUAUUUUAAAGAAGUAAACUACAGUGAUAAAUAUAUGUUGGAGGAUUUAGAUUUGUUCUUACAGUAUUUAAUUAAUGAAUACAUAAACAACGGAAUACUAGAGCCGCCAAAUAAGGAAUUAUUGAAUAGGUUUUUGAUCUUGCUAGGAAUCAUAAAGUCUAGAUCUUUGUCAGUAUCACAAAGGUCUGACUUAAUGUUAUUAUAUAACUUUGGUGUGAUUUUAUCAAAUAUCUCAAAAUUAGUGGAAUUUGAAUAUUGUGAAGAUGAUAUUGUUUUAACAAAGAAUGAAGUUCUGCAGAGAAUACAGAAUAAUUCAUGGGAAUGUUUACAAAAAUUAGAGGAAAUCGGAAGUAACUAUGGAAAUUUUAAUUCAUCGUCAUUCCCGUGGUUUAGUUGUUUCAGGGUAUGUAUUCCGCAAUAUGUUAUCCCAUAA